CGCACGUGCGGGCCGCGGGAUUCGCGCGCGCUGGAGUAGUGUGCCGCCCCGUGGAAAAGUCGGACGUCGUCGUCGCUCUCCGUCCCGGACGAACGAUUCAAAAGGGUGUGCGUGCGCGUGACCGUAUAAAUCGCAGCGAGAAGAGCAAAAGGCCGACGGCGAAAGAAAGGAAAACGGAAAGAGAAAACAAGGCUCGCGGAGCGAAACAGCCAGAGCAACGGAAACUCGCGUCGUCACGGUAUAUCCUGUCGCCGUCGCCGUCGCCGUCGUCAUCGUCGUCCUAGUCGGUCCCGUUCUCUCCCCUUGCGUUGUCCGAGCUGCCUAGUCGCGGAAAUGGCAGUUGGCGCGCAGAUCGACACGUCCGAGCAGGAGACCGGCGGCGCGAAGAUACCCCUGCUGAACGGCGAUCAGGUGCACGAGGCCACGAAGGUGACCGAAGUGAGAAAGGAGGCAGAAGAGAGCGGGAGCACGAGUACGGCCACGGAGAACGUCGUGGAAAAGGGGGAGGUUGAGGCGACGAAGGAGGGCGAGAAGGAGAAGAAUGAAGACAAUAAAAAUAGUGAUAAGAGCGAGAAGGAAGCGGACGCCGCUGACAAGGAGAAGGAUGCCUCGAAUGAGCAAGAAGUUGUUUUCAUUCAGGACAUGGGCUUCACCGUCAAGAUCGUCAGCCCCGGUUCUGAGCCCUUUGACAUUCAGGUGUCCAGCAUGGAGCUCGUACAGGAAAUUCAUCAGUUGCUUAUGGACCGCGAAGACACGUGUCACCGCACGUGCUUUUCACUGCAGCUGGACGGCAACACGUUGGACAACUUCGCCGAGCUGAAGAAUAUCGAGGGCCUGAAGGACGGCUCGAUCAUCAAGGUGGUGGAGGAGGUGUACACGAUGCGGGAGGCGCGCAUACACGUGCGACACGUACGCGAUCUGCUCAAAUCCGUGGAUCCCGCGGACGCUUACAACGGGGUCGAGUGCAGCAGCCUGUCGUUUCUUAAUGUCGUCACGAACGGCGAUAUCCUAGAGAAGAAGAAGACCCGGGCAGAUUCGGUCGAUUGCACGCCACCCGAUUACAUCAUACCCGGUUGUAGGGAUCGGCCCCUGUUGCCUCUCCAGCCGCAGGCGAAGGAACAAAAGUGCCCGCCGUGUCUCAAAGUCCUAACAACGUCAGGAUGGAAUCCACCACCUGGCUAUAGAAAGCUUCACGGCGAUCUGAUAUACUUGCAUGUAGUCACAUUGGAGGAUAAGCAAUAUUAUUUGACCGCGUGUGCUAGAGGCUUCUUCGUCAACCAGUCGACUAAAGAAGUGUUUAAUCCUAAACCAGCUACGCCUAGCCAUUUGUGCCACAGCUUGAUCGAGUUGUUGAAUCAGCUCAGUCCAACCUUUAAACGAGGAUUUGCUUCUAUGCAACGGCGCAGGACUCAGAGGCAUCCCUUCGAGCGAGUGGCCACGCCUUAUCAGCUGUAUGCCUGGAGCGCACCGCAAAUCGAACACACCAUUGAUGCAAUUCGCGCGGAAGACACUUUUUCCUCCAAGUUGGGAUACGAGGAACACAUCCCGGGACAAACGCGUGAUUGGAACGAGGAGCUGCAAACCACGAGGGAAUUGCCGCGUAAAAAUCUUCCCGAAAGAUUGCUACGAGAGCGUGCGAUCUUCAAGGUCCACAGUGACUUCGUGGCGGCCGCGACUCGCGGAGCAGUGGCGGUUAUCGACGGCAACGUGAUGGCGAUCAAUCCUGGCGAGGAGGCCAAAAUGCAGAUGUUUAUCUGGAACAACAUCUUCUUCUCGCUCGGCUUCGAUGUGCGCGAUCAUUACAAGGAAUUGGGUGGCGACGCCGCGGCCUUUGUCGCGCCUCGCAACGAUUUACAAGGUGUCCGAGUGUACGCGGCUGUGGACUUGCCCGGUCUCUAUACUCUUGGCACCGUUGUCAUCGAUUACAGAGGCUACCGCGUCACCGCGCAGUCCAUCAUACCAGGUAUACUGGAACGCGAGCAAGAACAAUCGGUGGUCUAUGGGUCGAUCGAUUUCGGGAAGACGGUUCUCACGCAUCCUAAGUACCUUGAAUUGUUAAACAAAGCUGGGCAACAGUUGAAGAUCCUUCCUCAUAAGGUGAUCAACGAUGCAGGCGAGGAAAUCGAACUUUGCAGCAGUGUGGAAUGCAAGGGUAUCAUUGGUAACGAUUCGCGGCAUUAUGUGCUUGAUUUGUUGAGGACCUUUCCACCCGACGUAAAUUUUCUAAAACUCGAGGGUGUGGAACUGAGCAAAGAAGCACGAGCCUUGGGAUUCCCAGUGGAACACAAGCACAGACUGGCCUGUCUACGGCAGGAACUCAUCGACUCGUUCGUCGAAGCCAGAUACGUUCAAUUUAUCAAGCACGCGGCCGUUCAUCUUCAACAGCUUACAUCAGCUAGAAGAUCUCAAAAGGAAAAAGAUGCGAUUACCGCCAAGGAAGAUAAGAAGGAAGAGAAGGAUUCAACUGCCGUUGUAACGGUGGACAGUAACAAGGAAGACUGCGCACAAUCUCUAAUAGAGGCCGACGAGGCUAAGAAGAUUGUCGAGAGCAUCACCGACUCGAUCACAGGCGGCGAAAAGCAAGAACUCGAGGAGAGCACGAAAGAGAUAGUACGAAGAGCGGCGGCGGCGGUGGGCAGUCUGCGAGAAGCCGAGUUCGACGUGAGAUUCAAUCCGGACGUGUUCUCACCUGGCGUCAAGCAUCCGGAUCUCAGUGGCCCCGAUCUGAAGAAGCAGAAGCAGUUGGUGAAGGAUGCCGCGGACUUCUUGCUCACUGCGCAGCUACCGACUUUCAUACGGGAGUGCCUAGAUCACACGGCGGCCGCGAUGGACGGUAGUACGUUAGUGGAAGCUCUCCAUGGUAGAGGCAUUAACGUUCGCUAUCUCGGUAAAUUGGCGGCUAUGUUAGCCGCGGUGCCACAGUUGCAUUAUCUCAAUCGCAUUGCUGUAUCUGAGCUGAUCCUCCGAUCGGCCAAACACAUUUUUACCUCUUACAUGCAGGGUACGGAACUGAUGAGCCUGUCCGCGGCCAUCAGCCACUUUCUAAAUUGCUUGCUGUCCUCGGCACAAAUUAUACACCCGCAACAAAAUCUAGAAGAGCUUCAGAGCAAAACUGCUAAACGCCGCAAUAAACGCAAGGGGAGAAACAACGGGCCGCAGCAGUCGGAAGUAGAGUGGGCAUCGUUGACGCCCAAAUCGUUAUGGCAGCAAAUUAAGGCUGACUUAAAGGCUUAUUACGACUGGGAGACACCGAGCCCGGAAUCGUUAGAAGCCACAAUAGAACACUAUCACCUACAAAAAAUUUCAUUGUUGCGUGGCUUCUGCGUCAAGACUGGUAUUCAGAUACUGCUACGCGAGUACAACUUCGAAAACAAGAACCGGGCGACGUUCUUCGAAGAAGACAUAUUGAACAUCUUCCCCGUUGUCAAACAUAUCAACCCUAGAGCUAGUGACGCUUAUAACUUUUACACUACCGGCCAAAGCAAGAUCCAACAAGGAUACUUAAAAGACGGAUACGAGCUGAUCAGCGAGGCGUUGAAUCUCUUGAAUAACGUCUAUGGUGCCAUGCAUCCUGAAAUUGCACAGUGUCUUAGAAUGCUGGCAAGAUUGAACUACAUAAUGGGUGAUCAUGGGGAGGCACUUGGCACCCAGCAGAAGGCAGUCCUCAUGUCGGAGAGGGUUAAUGGCAUCGAUCAUCCGUACACCAUCACAGAAUAUAUUCAUCUCGCCUUAUAUUCCUUUGCCAACGGGCAAGUAUCUGUAUCAUUAAGAUUACUGUACAGAGCACGUUAUCUAGCAUUAUUAGUCUGCGGUGAGGAUCAUCCGGAAGUGGCCUUGCUUGAUAGCAAUAUCUCGUUGAUCCUGCACGCGGUCGGCGAGUACGAGUUGUCGUUGCGUUUUCUAGAGCACGCGUUAGCCUUGAAUCUACGUUAUCACGGUUCCCAUUCGUUGAAGGUUGCGGUAUCGUACCACUUAGUGGCACGCACGCAGUCAUGCAUGGGCGACUUCCGAGCGGCGCUGAACAACGAGAAGGAAACCUACGCGAUUUACAAGCAACAAUUGGGCGAGGAGCACGAAAAAACGAAGGAAAGCAGCGAUUGCUUACGCCACUUGACUCAGCAGGCGGUUGUGCUGCAAAAGAAGAUGAAUGAGAUCUACACGGGCAAGUCAGGCGUAAGCUUGCCACCGAUUCAGGUGCAGCCGCCUAGCAUGGGCUCGGUGCUGGACAUGCUCAACGUUAUCAAUGGCAUCCUCUUUGUGCAAAUCAGUCAGCAGGACAUCGAUAACUUCAAGGCGGAGAUUGAGAAGCGGCAGAAGGAACAGUCGCCAGAUGGCGGCGAGGCCGUCACAGCAAUCGCUGAUAAGGAUACCAAGAAGGAUGAUAAAGAAAUCAAGAAAUCAACGGAGAAGAAAGUCGAGAAGAUCGAGCAAAAGACAACAAACGACUUGGAAGCUAGCAAAACUGACGUCUUAGAGUCAGACGUGGCGGCGAAGAGCUGAGUCUUUCGUUCGCCGACGACGAACAUUAGUAGUCUUUCCUUUCUUUUUUUCUAAAUCCUAGUCCUUCGUCGUGGAAAAUGAUGAUUUCGCGCGAGGAUCGUCGCGUACGAUAUACAUACUUGCAUCAUUUUUGUUAUACUGUUUUAAACGGAAUCAAGAUAAAACGCACGAGUACUGUUGUGGGAAAUGUACUUGCAAAGAUAAAGAGAGGGAUGUAUCUGCCGAGGUUGAAUUUGCAUUCAAAAUGCACAUUUAUAUCGAUUGUAUAUAAAGACACGGGUGCCAUGUCGCUUAAAGGAAACAAUCUUGAAUGAAAAUUAUAUCUUCAAGAAGUUAAGAUAUAAGAGAUUGUUCCUUUUUCGCCAUUGCGUAAAAUCAAAAAAAAGCAAUACGAUUUCUUCAAUUGUGCGCGCGUGAGACGACGCAUUUUUUUUUAAAGCUCAAGUUGUUUACUAUGCAAAAUACCGGUGAUUGAAAUACGUCUACGGUACCGGUUGUUAAUUUCGUCAAAUUAAUUAACGUUCAAACUCGACCAAAUUCCGUAUUAGACUCAAAACUAAUAUCUUCAUUUUCUCUAUUAUUUUGUAAAGCGAAUUCGCAUCCUUUCGAUACUCUCGAACGUGUUCGUAUUCAUCAGAAGCCGUCGUACACAAAUUUACUUACAGAUGCAGGCAGAUAAAUUCGCAAGAGACGUUGAGUAUAAUUUAGAAAUUUUAUUAAAUAUUUGUUGAAUUUUGAUCGAUUAUGUUAGUUGCGCAACGUAGAUGUGUGUACACCGGCUUUAAUUUACAUUAGUAUACAUUAGCGCAUACAAUUAUUGUAGUGGGUGAUUUUUUGGGGAUCGUUGGUACAUUCACCACUUAUUCUGGUACGUGUACCGCAACCAUUACGCUGAUACGUAUUCUUUUCUGUACGUGCGAAUUCAAGACUUGCUUAAACUUGUGUUUAACUGUGAUUAAAGUACCGAGUUUAAGUUAAAUUUAAUACGAAACAAAGACGUAAGUUACGUUAUUUUUAUUCGUAUUAUAUUUGGCGCAUAUUUGUAAUCUAUUAGAAACUUAUAACAGACAUCCUACUUCAUUGCUAGGUAUCCAGUAUGGUGUCAACCAGCUAGAUAUCAAACGACUAGUCAUUACUACAAUUUACCAAUCACGCGAAAAUGUCCCGAUACAGUUCGACAUACAUUUUGGUUGCUGUAUCAGAGUCACGCUAAAAUUGCCUUAUUAUGCGAAUUCGCUUUCAGAGUUUUGUUCGUCUUUCCUCUUUGUGAGAUCACCAUAUUGUGCCAUUCAGGCAUGUUGUUACUCCAUCCUAAUUGCCAUCAAUAAGAAAAAAAGAAAGUAUUACGAUAUUUACAGUUAAUCCAUACACGUAUAAUCCGUUUUCUUUCAUCUGUUAUUACAGCGAUUCGUGAUCAAGUGCUUCCUCUUAUUUUUUUAUAGAUAUUCUUUCGUUCAAAUAAUUCUUGAUUGACAUGCCUGCUUAAUAUAAAGAUAUACUAGGUAUCUUUAAUGCGGUAUCGAGAAUGAUGGUGAUAAUAAUUUGAUAUAGCGAAUGAUAUUGUUAUCCGAUCAUAUUCGUAAUUAAGGAUGCAAUGGCCAAUUGUUAAUCGAGUCAUUGUGCGUCGUAGCUGAUUUACAAGUUUCGCGAUUAUAGUAUUAAAGUCAUAAGUAAAAGAACCGAUUGUUACAUCCCACUGUUAAUAUUCUAUAAUAUAAUUUAUUUCGCCUGCUCCAGGGAUCUAUCCGCGGCCCGAUUCGUAAUCUCUCGCCGCGGCUCGACCGAAGAGCAGUACCGCGAUAUCGAUAGUCCGAUAGUAGCCGUAUCGUGAGGUUUUUAAUUAUUGAAGAAAAUAGUGCUGAUUAUUCCCGCUGCAGCCUUCGUAGAUUUUAUGCGAAAUUUCAGGCCUGAAGAGAGCACAACGACAGUGUUUCUGCGGUGACAAUAAAAAAAAAGCCCGGAUCAAUUUAUCGAUCGAUCGAUUCAGUCAAUCUCUGUCACCGUCUCUUUCACGGACUCUUUCUCGCAUCGCAAGAAUAAUCGUAAUGACAAAUUACCGCAUUGCACUUAGCCAAAUUGUACUAUAAAGAGAGAAGUAAUAAUAAUUAUAUAAGGGGGGAAAUAUAUUAUAUUACAAAUAAAAUUACACAGACUUUACAUAUAUCAUGAAAGAAAAAGAACGUUACAAACUUAAUUUACAUAUAGUAUCCUGUUACAGACUUUCUUUAACAUGUUGCAUGGAAUAAAUUGUUUUAUAAAUAA